AUGGGCGAUCUGACGGAACGUCAGGUCGAGGAGGAGUUGAGCCGUGUUGUCUACAAAUUGCGCUAUCGCACGAAGUGGAAGGUGUUGACAAUAAGAGGCCGCACAACACAUGGCAACGGGUUACAGUGGUGUUACGUGGUGAACCAGAAUGUGUUGCCCGUGAAGACGGCUUUGCAGAGCGUAAAGGUCGAUCAGCUCUACUGUAAAGUAGCUUUUGACGGCCCAAUCGAUUUGCGCUCACUGUUGCGGAGGGGGCUCGCCGCCAAACAGCACAUCACUAGCAUGUCCAACGCUUGCGUUCGGCUGCAGGUUGACCUACCACAGCCGCCUGGGAAGAGUACGAAUUCGGCCGAGCCCGAGCCGACCACAUCGGUCUGGGAUGCAGGGCUAGAGCUGGAACGUGAACUAGAGGCAGAGCUGGCACAUAUAGGGCGACAAGACAAACGAUUUGCCACAUGCAUAGUUUACCACAGCGGCAAAGCGGCCAUUUUAGGCUGUUGCAACCGCGACGAGGUGAGGUUCGCCUUUGACGCACUAGCGACUCUGCUUUGA